UUUUGACUAUUUAGGGUGCAGCCAACUGCUCGCAUUUGUCAACAGAACAACAAUUAUAAAAAAAUAUAUUAAUUUUAAUAGGGUGGUCGCAAUUUCAGCUCGUUGUAAUGGGUAAGCACAGAACUGCGCAACAGGAUGCAAUUUUCGUCGCCUUCAUGGAGCGGCAUCCUAUCAUCUCGAAAAAUUACCUUAAAGGCGACAAGCCAGCGGCGGAAGCAGCCUGGAAGAGACUGUCGAAGGAACUCAACAGUGUAGGUCCGCCUGUCAAGGAAGCCUGCGAAUGGAAACGGGUGUGGAAGGAUUGGAAAACAUGCAUUCGAAAGAAGAUUGCCAAUAACCGGCUAGAGGACUCGAAGGCUAGCGGCAAAGGAUCACUUUAUCAAGAUACUCUCACUCCUCUCGAGGACGCAGUAGCCGUUAUUUGUGACUUGUACGACAUGGCAGACACCAUUGUCGAAGCCCGCCCCAAGGCCCAACACGAAAUGUCUCAAGGCAUUUCUUUGCGAAGCAUAAAAACUGACCACGACGACGCCACGGUGACAGAUAAUGAAGAAUAUGACGAAGAGGAGGAAGAAGACUGCGUCAACCCCAUCAAUCUUAAGAGUUCAGGUGUUAGGUUAGAGCAUCGCUUUAAAUCGAACACUGCAAGAAGUACUCCUAAAAGAAGAAAGCAAGAUGAAGAAAGUGUGCUGGAAAUUGAGCAGGACAGCUCUCUUCCGGUCCUCAUGGAUAUAGCAAAAGAACUUCGUGACUUAAAUAGACAAACCCGCCUAAACGCUCAGCGAUCUGAAGCUAAUACAGAGGCAUUAUUAGCUCUGGGUUCACAGGUAACAGAUUUAAUGCAGCAGCAGUUGAAAGAGCGAAAGCGCUUGAACGCAAUAAUGGAGAAAUUUGUCCUUAAAAUGGAGUCUGCAGAAUAGAGGCUUCACAUACUUUUUAUUAGACGUGAAUAAAACUCCUUGCCAAUCUAGCAGCA